UUCGCAACACUAGGAUUUGUGGCGUUGCUCUUCGGAGUUCUGGAGAGCCGACUGCAGGCCCUGGGACCAAUCAGUGACCAUAUUUUCGGUGACCAUAUUUGGGUAAUGUACGGCCCUCACAAGUACGCAGCUUGGGUGGAAGAGAACCUCCAUGGCAAUCCUCAGGAACAUCACGGUCCCCAUUGCUUGUCUCAUCUCACAUUGAUUUUCGAGGCGAUGCACUUCUCGAUUUUCUAUCUUAUGAUUGGUUUCAUCGUUGUAUGCGCGGCAUUCACCCUCAGCGUUCUCAAACAUGGUAAGAGUUUUGAGAUUAGGAAUAAUUAAUGACUAGUUGUUUCCACCUCGGACAUGGAAUGCAGCUGAAAAGAGUGAUUUUGUGAUGCUAGUGAAAGAGCAUUUUGACGCGUCAACCUCGAGGUCUUGUUGGUCUACAAUAUCACGAUCACGAACGGAGCAGUCCAGAAUGAUAGACUAUCUCUACUUCCGUACUGAAUUCUUUUCCCCCAUAACGAGUUCAAGAGUAGUUGCCAAACGCCAAGACGGUUUUGACUUCCUCAUUUAUAUGGAACAUUGCCUGGCCGAGAGCUGCACUGGACAGAUUCAACUAGAUGCAGGAACUCUUAUUUUACUCGGUGUAGUCUUCAUUCCGAUGUAUCUCUUGGCGAAAAUGCGAGGACUAAAAGGCAUUAUACUCAUGUGUGCUGUAAGCACUCAUAAGUUGAAAAUUAUGGGGUCUCAGCGCCGUACUUUA